AUGGGAAAAGGCAAAGGCACGAAGGGCUACGGUUACGGCGACCGCGAUGCUUGGGCCCCGGCGUGGUCGCCGUCGCAGCACCAGGCGCCGUCUGGGUAUGAAGGCGAGGGCCGCACUUCGACGCGUCGACUUCUUGGCCGCGACUCGAUGGCCAAGAAGUUCCUGCGGCCCUACGCGGCCUCUUCUGGCAACUUCCUGUACGGCGACGGCACCGAUGUGGAGAUGCUCGCGAAGACAUGUUUGCGACAGCUGCUCACCACGGAGGUAUCGGAACUAUCCCGCCGCCCUGCGUACGGGUUUUCCAUGCUAUCCACGACCCUUCGGGCUUUCGCCGCCGGCUUGCAAAGCGACGAGGCCAAGUCGUCGGAAGCCGCUCUGGCGUCACUCCUCCAAGGCAGCCAGGAAGGCAAAGCCUUCGUGGAACGUCUCGCAAAGACCGACUUCGAGACGGCGAAGCAUCGGCCGCAAGACUGUGAGGAUGCCUUCGAGAAGAUCUUGACCUUCUUGAAGGAAAACAAGGCAAUGCUCUACGAGCACUUGGCCCGCGUGGCUGCCCAUGGAGCUCUGCUCUACGUUGGCGGACUACAUGCUCUGGACGGGCUCAUCAAAGCCGAUGGCUUGGCAGCUUGGUGCUCGCAGGUUCCCUCCGACGAGUUCCUGCAGAAAGCCUUGGACAAGUGGAAGGCGGGCGGUAAGAAGCCGGCUGCCGCGGCCACAUUCUUGGUGGAGGCGUACAGAGCACGCAAGAAGAGCGAAGCCGCCUGGAAGCAAGGUGGAGCACUCAUUCGAGGGGACGAUUCGGACGAUGCAGCCGACGAUCGCGCCCGAGCACUCUCUUCGUCCUCAUCUUCGGAGACGUCCAAGAAGCCGAAGAAGGCGAGAAAGUCCAAGAAAGACAAAGGCGGUAAGAAGCACAAGAAGAAGUCGAGUUCAUCCUCAAGCGAGUCCAACAAGAAGAAGGACGACAAAUCCAAGAAAGACAAGGACGGCAAAGAUGACGAGAAGAAAAAGCAGAAAGACGACAAGGACAAGAACCAUGACAAGGACAAGGACAAGAAAGACAAGGACGGCAAGAAGGACGCAAAGCAAGCGCCGAAGGCCGACGAGGACCGGAGCAAAGACAAGAAGAAGCGAGGGUCUUCGAAUUCUUCACAAAAGGAGAACAAGAAGAAGGAGCGCAAGUCUUCGAGGUCCGAGGAGCCGGCUGCAACCGUUGACAAAAUGAAGAUCCACUUCGUCUCGGCCCUGGACCCUGCCAUCGUCGCCGACGAGACAAACCGUCUCCACGAGGUUAAGAUGGAGGACGAUCUGACGGUCGAGGGCACGGCACGCUAUGUGUUAGAGGACCAGGGGAUGGCCGGGGACCUCGUCAACUGGACGGCCCAUGUGCUGCAGGAUGGCAAGUGCGUGCCCAUUGCUGCAAGCACCACACCAGCAACUGGAGCCCCCGAGGUCGUCUUCGUGCGCAAGGUUGUCUUCCCGUCGAAAAGUGCAUGCAGCGCCUGCCCUGGACUCCAGGCGGCAAACGCCGAAGUGUCUCUUCGUGAUCGUCUGGCUCACGCCUGCAUCGACUUCGACUACUUCAUCCUGUGGCUUCGGCGCCAGGUCGAGUUGCUCACGGUCCUGCGAGGCCUCCCUGUCUUGGGACAUGGCGCCUGCGGGGAUGCCGUGGUGGCCAUAGCCGACUUCUGCGUGCCCGCACGACCGGCGGCGGAGCUGCCAGAUCCUGAUGACCUUGUCGCUCAUCUCCCACCCCUUCGAGCUGACGACGGGCGUGAUUGGACGACACUUGAGGUUCGUAUCCUCCGAGUGCAGAACGCUGCCCUACGGGGUCACCUUCUGCGGCUAGGCGUCCUCGCCCGCGACCUGGAAAACCGCGAGGGCGCUGCCUUGUAUGCCUGCCGCUGCCGCGCGAACCUUCCGGCGGCGGAGACGUUCCACCUCGCACACCUGCUCUUCCAGACUGCCGAAGGCCUCCUCGCCGGCACCAACCGACAGCAGACAGCCAGAGCGUGUCGACGGUGGGACCGGCACAUCUUGGCGAGUCGCGACGCUGCCGGUUCCGGCGUGGUGGAAGUCUUCGCUCGUCUCGAAUUCCAGGACGGGAAACGCAAAAGGCACGUGGGCCCGGGUCAAUCCUAUCAUGGCUCCGGGCGUGUCCACUUGCACCUCUUGAUCUGGCUUAAAGACGCCGACGGCAUCGACUGGCCGCGAGUCGUGCGGGCAGACAUCCCGGACGCAACCGCGGAGCCAGAACUGCACGAUUUGGUGCGUGAUUCCCAGCAGGACUGGGACGACAGCGCCUGGCCACGGAGAGAUGGUCCCACGGUCUUUGACAGCGCAACAGGCGUCCUGCACCUUCACCAUCCGGCCGAUGCCCACGCAGCACAUGUCCGGGCCUACCUGCCCGACCUGCUGGGGGCGCUGCAGUGUCACAUGGACGUGCAGAUGGGCGACGGCCGUGGGCUGUUGCUGCAGUACGCGGCCAGCUACAACGCCAAGUUCAGCGACCAGUUCGCAACCGCCUGGCUGAACGACGAGGCAACAGACUUCCAACUGGCCCGGAAGGUUCUUAUGGAGUACCACCCACUCGAGCCCGAGAUGUGGCUCCAACUCGCCGGGCAGCAGUUUCGGCAGGUGCUCCAAACCGGCGUGCUGCGCCGCGUGGUCGUGCGCCCGCCCUGGGCCGGCUUUCCGCCGAGCCGUUGGGAGUCGCUCUACGUGGCCUGUGACUGGCGGUCCGAGAGCUGCACACUCCUGGAAUACCUGCGCCAGUGCAACCAGUCCGGAGUCAAGCGCAAGAACAAGCGCCGGGUGCUGGUGGCGGCGACGCUACACUCGCCUCUGAGGGACAGCUACUUCGGGCAGUGGCUGUUGCUCAACGUGCCCUUCCGUUCCCUUGCUGAUCUGUGGGACGAUCGGGCGGCGAAGGUGCCCGAAGGCUAUCGGAUGCUGGCCUUGUGUCUGCUGCACCGUCCCGGCUACUGGCGUCGCCUCCACGACGUGCAGCGUGAUUUACAGUUGGAAGGCCGCAAGGACGCCCACAUCUGCAACGUACUGAGCAUGUUGGAGGCUCGCACCGCGGUCGUCGACGCCUAUCUCUCCGGCCAAUUGGCGCUCGACGUGGACAUGCCUCCGCAGCCGGACCUCCUCGCCGCCCCCGAAGUCGGCUAUCGUGGAGAAUUGGAUCCGGAGCAAGCAGUCGUGGUGGAACACGUCCGGAACAUGGUUCGCUGGGCACUCGAGCGCCGGUACCCCGAAGACGCAGACCCCGCCCAGCUGCACGACUUCCUCGACCGAACUCGCCACUCGCCCCCACAGGUGCUGCAGCCCUUCUGCGUGCUGGGGCCUGCCGGGUCAGGAAAGAGCACCGCGCUGGAGGUGGCCGUCCAGCGCGCCGCAGAGGCCGGCGCCCAUGUCGGCAUUGCGUGUCCUACCGGCAUGCUCGCGAGCGCCUACCGGGAGAAGUUCCCUGGUCUGGAUGUCGACACCUUGCACGGCAUGUUUCUCCUGCACCUGCCCCAGGAGGAGACGUGGGAUUGCAUGGGGAGCUUUGACUUGAUCGUCAUCGACGAGGUGGGCCAGCUCUCCCGCAUGACGUUCGAGCGCCUGCUGUGGUUAUGGGACAACGCAGAUCGCCGCCCGGCUUUGGUGUUCGUUGGCGACUUCCACCAGCUACGGGGCAUGGACCCCACGAGGGCCUCCGACAGCCCUCGCUGGCGGGGCGUCGUGAAGCGCCACCUGCAGACGAUGCGGCGGUGCAAAUGUCCCGAGUUGCGCUGGAAGCUAGAGCUCCUGCGCACCACCAAGCCUUCCAAGGAGCAGUUGCUCCGCAUCCUGCGCGGGCAUCGGGCAAUGCCCGAUCGGGGCCCCGGCGUCAGUCCGGAACCCACGGAGCUGGACGUCCAGGGGAUCCUACAGGAAACGCCGCACACCUUGUUCCUGACGAUCACUCGCCGCCACGCCGCGCUCCUCAACGAUCUUGCCGUCCGAGCCCUAUACGGAAAUGCCGAGCCCCUCUGCUUCGUGCCGGGCGACUAUGAAAGCAACGUGGACAACUACGACGACCUCGGUCAGCUCGUGGACUGUCAGCCGCUGCAUCUUCCUAUCCACGAGGGCAUGCGUGUGACGCUCACCCGGAACGUGCAGAAGGAGCAGAACUUUGUCAACGGCAUGCGUGGGGUCGUGCUGGCCGUGCAACGCUCCUCCGUACUGGUCCUCACGCACUGUGGCAACGUGGUCUCCGUGUUUCCCUACACGGACGACGAGAUUGUCGUCGCCGGGGAGAACCGACGGAUCACCUACUUGCCGAUCAGGCUCGGGUAUGCGACGAACUUGCAGAAGAUCCAGGGGGCGACCCUCGACCACGUGACGAUAUGGCUCGACGUCCCCAACGUGGAGGCCGCGGCCUAUGUGGCGUUGUCCCGAGUCCAGUACGACCAGAACUGGCGCUUCCUGGGGCACGUGACGCGGCACCACUUCACCCCGGCCUCGGGCGUCUGA